ACACCAUGGAAGACGACGCGACACGGAACCUAAAUCUUAGUAGUGUACAGUGUACACAAGAAAGCCCGCGAAAUCGCUUGAUGAGCGCCAUGUUAGAUUAAUUAGUACAAACAUUGAUAGUUCUACAUGAGUUGGGUAGACAGGGCAGUACACAGACCGACCCUACAACCUAGCUCACCUACAGGCCGGCCAACCUACCUCACCAAGGAUGUUGGACAUAUUCCUCAGAUUAAAGACUUUGAUCAAAGUCAGUCAUAUCCAUAUAGACAGCUCAGUGUUUCGCUUGCACUGGUCUAUCUCCAGCGUGAUCCUGCUCACGUUCUCCGUAAUCAUCACCACCAGGCAGUACGUGGGGAACCCCAUAGAAUGCAUUCAUACACAAGUGGAGAAGAAGCAGAAGAAGAAGCUUCUCUUGGAUUAUCUGUAUGAUAACCUGAAGAACCACAAUUGGUGGGCCUACAGAUACUUCUUCUGUGAACUCCUCGCCUUACUCAAUGUUUGCGGCCAAAUGUUCUUGAUGGACAGAUUCUUCAACGGGGCCUUUCUUACUUUCGGUCUAGAGGUUAUUGCCUUUGCUGAGAGAGAUCAGUCGGGAAAAGAAGGAAUGAUAAUACUCUCGCCGCGGAUGCGCGCGUAUCUGCUCUAUAUCCGGUUCCGGUUGAUCAAGAGGGAGGUCGUCAACACACUUGUCAAGAAAAGCAAGAUGGGAGAUUGGUUUCUGUUCUACAUGCUGGGACAGAACGUGGACAGCAUCAUCUUUAAGGAGGUCAUGCACGAGCUGGCCCGUAGGCUAGGGCAUCAAAGCAAGGACUUUAAUGAUGCUUAGUGAUAUUAGUAAAUAAUUAAUCCUUAUCUGUCUUCAGUUGAUCAUGGUCACUCAACCCAUCAGUCACCCUCCCCUAAAUACUGAGACGUGAGCCUCAAGGGGAGGGAGCCACCUCUAAAUAUUGAGAUGUGAGCCUCAGGAGCCUCCUCCAAAUAUGAGAUGUAGCCUCAAGAGGAGGUCGAACCUGUUUGGACCACACACACUUUUCCAAUAAAGUGAUUUUCUACUAAAA